AUGGACCCAUUAGGGAUGUCUAAAAGUAGCCAGAAUACUCCAGUGUCAAAAAGAAAGGAACCAAAUGCUGGAGCUGAGAAUGGAAAAUCAAAAGUGAGAAAGACAAGAUUUGGUGAGGAAGACGAUGAGGAUGACAAGGGCGAGAACAGUGCUAAGAAACAACGUCUGGUUUGGAACCCAGACCUUAAGUCGAAGUUUACAGCUGCUGUUAAUGCUUUAGGCAAAAAUGAUGCUCGUCCAAAGACAAUACUGAAUAUGAUGGAUGUUCCAGAUUUGACUCAACGCCAAGUUGCUAGUCAUCUACAGAAGUACAAAGCUCAAGCUCAACCCCUUCCUGAGUCCAAAUUUCCCUUGACAUCCUUACUACUUGGCAACCAAAUCAAUGAUUCUGGACCAGCACUGCCAAUGAGGGAAAACAGUUCAUUGCUGCAAUCGAGAUCUCUGCAAAAUCGAGCACAUAAUAGCAGUUCAUUUAGGCAGUUCCGAUCAUCAUCUCAGCGGCUGCAGAUUAACAAUGCGAGGGUGCAAGCUGGAUCUUCGCGACCAUGGCUGCAAAACAGCAAUUCAGUGCUGCAACCAGGGUCACCAGCACUAGCUAUGCCGGGAAACAAUUCAGUGCUGCAACCAGAGUCACCAAUGCUAGCUAUGCAGGGAAACAAUCCAGUGCGGCGACCCGGAUCAGCAUCCUCACUAAACCUGCAGAAUAAUAUUUCAAUGCUGCAAUCCGGAUCAUCAGGAAACAUGCAGCAUAAUAUCUCGUUGCUGCAACCAGGAUUUCCAUUCAGAUGGCAGCAAACUGAUGUUCCUAUGCUGCACCCCGGAGCAAAUGAGAAUUACUUGAUGCAUAUUAACAAUUCAUUGUUGCAGAUUGGAUCCUCAUUCAACAAUGUUCAAAACAAUGCAUCAAGGAUGCAAGUUGGAUCAUCAUUUGGAGUACAGACUCACACUUCGAUUCUGCAGCCUGGAUCAUCAUUAAACUGGGUGCAGAAUAACUUACCAAUGUUUCAACGAACACCCUCGUUUAAUUUCUGGGGAAACAAUAAAUUGCUGCAAUGCGAGUCAUUACUAGACGAGCCGGAUGAGGAUUUGUUGUUGUAUCAUGGACCACUACCACAAUGGCUGCAGGAAACUCUUUUGGUGCUGCGACAGGGAUCAUCAUCAUCAUCACAUGGUUUCCAGAAUUACAUUUCAAUCCUGCAGCCUGGAUUCUCAUCACAUAGUAUGAAUUGGGUACCAAUUCAGCUGGGAGGUGGAAAUAGUGGACUUCCUUCUGGAGGUAAUACUAUACAAACUCGAUUUUCUCAUCCUAUAGUAAAGUAG